AUGUGCACCCUCUCACAAUACCCGCUCGUCCGUCCUGCGUGGCCAGGCGAUGGAACGCGCUGGCAGGUAGAAUCGCUCGUGGAGCAGCAGUUCGAUUGGCCGCUGGCUGUGCAUCUAUGCCGGCCGCGGAGCGGUGGAGGCAUGGAACUGGAGCCUUCGGGGAGGGACAAGGCUUUCAUAGAUUCUCUCAUGGAGCAUGGGCUUCAGUCCGCAGCGGACAUCGCUCGGAGUGUCGGAAGAAAGCACCAUAAGGAGCAUUUUGAAGGAGGGAUAAGCUGCCCAGCUGGACAAGCGGCCCUCGUUGCCCUUGGAAAAGUUAAGUGCAACGACGCAGUUAAGCUGGCCCUUGCGGAAUGGGCCGCGCCUGCUGGUCCGACAGCUCCUGUACCCUCGACUGCUCGCCGCGGGUCGAGCGAGGACAUGGCGAGGCGGAUCGCGGAGGGCCUUGACCAAACGAUGAACGGCGGGGAGAAUUGCGUGAACUUGGCGCUGGUGCACAAGUACCCUGUCAAUGCUGACGAGCCACCGCCGCUGGACCAGCGUGUAUUCAGUGUCAUCUCCGUCAAUGCCAACAAGGAUGGAUCCAUCGUGUAUGCAGCAGAGGCAGGCGGGUCCAGCGACCAGGCGGUACCGGGGCUCAUCUGGUGCGAGGCCUGUAACCUAGGCGUACUGCCACCCGUGCCACCACCCAACCCUUUUCCCCGCAAGCUGUCAAGUGCGGCGAGUGGUUGGUACUCAGCGGAGGCCGAUGCGAGUGCGGGGGCGGGGGCUGGCGUGGCUGUUGGCGGUAGUGAUAAAAUGCUGGGCAAGAGGCGAGCACGGUCGAUGGAACUGGCGGAGGUGGGGCCUGCCGCCGCUGGUACAUCAAGUGGUGGUAGUGGCAAAGGACGAGACAAGAAGCGAGCACGGGGGCCUGACGUCCCGGCCGAUGUGGCUGAUGCCAGGUUCGCGUCGACUGCAGGUGGCUAUAGGCCGAUAGCUUCGGUGUCGUCAGCAACCGCCAAUUUACGAAACCACCUGAAGACCGACACCCACAAGGCUAACCUCGCCAUGAUAACCUUGCGAGCACGGCAGCGGCCCGAGACCUUUAACAAGCAGCCUCAAGUCCAAUUUGGGUUUGUGCGACUCGAUCCUUUUCUCGUCAAGAAGGCGGAGCGAGUGCCUGUUGCUGGCGCCCCCGCCAUGCAACCAGACGCGCCGGAUGUGUAUCAGCGCGCUCCCACUGCCACAGCCGCCCAUGUUCAUCCUGACCGCACGACCCCUCCACUGCCUCCGCUGCCACAUUUGCGGACCCACGGCCUGCCGCCGGGCAUGAACCGCGGUGUGUGCCUGCCCAGGGGUGCCGGUGUCGCCGGGUUGCAGAGGGGUGCAGCUUCAGCUCACGGUGGUAGUGGGGUGUACGGACCGGCUGGUGGCGACUAUGAGGCGCCGCUGCCGGACCAAAUGGGUGCUGGACGGAAGCAUACGGGGCUGCUGCAGCAGCAACAGCAGCGACCACGGCCGCAGUACCGGGGGCUCCAGCGACACCAGCAGGCACAGCAACGUGGUGGAGACAGCAUGGAGGGACAGCUUCAGCAGCAGUGGCGGUAUCCCAUACAGCAGCCACAGCACAAGCCAACGCCGCUGCCGUGGCGGCAGUCAACACCACAGGAGCAGUUGCUGGACGACACUUUCCCUGCCUACCACCAACAGGACGAACAACGGCAGCGACUGGGUUCUGGAGCCUCUGCAUAUGGCGCUAUGGGCUCGUCGGGUGCAGCCGGCAUCGACAUUGACGACCCCUGGGAGGGUGAUGGCAACGAUGCGGGUGUAGAGGCUGAGCCGGAGGAGCACGGCAUGUCUCCCGGGAGGUAUGAAGACCUGCCACGGGGACCAGGAUCAAGUGUGGCCUCACCCAGCGAGGACACCUUUGUGUACACGCGAAUGGGGUCCGCACCGUACGCUGUUGCGCGUGCACGGACCCUCGGGGAAGCUGAGGCACGUGUCACCAUGGCCGCUGGUGGGUUUUUUGUGGAAGCCAGCUGUGCGCUGCUGGAUAUCGCCGAGCAGCAUCUGUUUGAGGCGGAAGGGUACAAGUCAUUCCGCGCGUAUAUUCUUGAGAGGAAGUCGCUGGGGUUUGGGUACCGACAAGCGAGGGCAUGGGUGGCGGCUGCUCGUUUCAUCCGGUCUUUGCCACCUUCCAUGCCUGUGCCACAGUAUGAACGGCUGGUCCGGCCAUUGACACGAUGCGAACCAGGCGUGGCAAGGCUGGCCUGGGAACGUGUCUUAAGGUAUCAUAACGAGGAGGGACGGCGCAUGACUGCUGAGCUCGUGGUGUCGUGCAUCCAGGAGGUGGGAACAGCCAGCACUGUCGCACAGAGUGAUAGUGAGGACGAGAGUGGCAUGGCCGAUGUUGUCGCGCCUGUUACCGCUGUGUCAAGGGCUAACGGCCACGAUGAAGAUGCAGUCCCGAGACUAUAA